AUGUUCAGUGAGUUUAAAAGUUUAUUAUCUUUUUUAUGAAUUUUAAUAUAUGUUUAAAAUAGGUAUUUCAUUCUUAACGUUACAGAAUGUAUCAAAAAUGCCGAACCUAGAAAAAUAUCAAUUUUUGAUAUUCCCCGCCAAGAUAUUGAAGACAAACUAGAUGAAAAAUGUUUGCACUUGCUGGAGCAGUACCAAAGAGAAGGAAUAAUUGAUUUGGCAGACAACCCGAUCUUGGUCUACAUUUCGGAUUCCGCUGAAGGUAAAGUCAUAGAGGUUUUGGAUGGAAGACAUCGAGUUGAAGCAUUUCGCGCUUGGUUCGUCAAAACUUAUGGAACAAGAAAAAUUGUCAACGCUGAGUUCGACCUGCUUUCCGCUCGCUGCAUUGUUACGGUUCUCAACAAGGGUGAGAAAGUGUUGUGUGGGUGGCUAAAUCACGGAAAAUCGGAAACUGCACAUCAAACUAUACGUACCGCACAAAAAAAUGUAAGUUGCACUUCAUGUUUUAUAAUUUUUUCACAUUUUAGGUAAUGGAUCUCAUCAGCAUGAAAAGCCUUCUCUUUCCGGAUACUACACCAAACACACCGGCCUCGAGAACACUCAGCGGCAAGAUCAGAAGCCGCCUUGCUUCCGCAUUAACCUGUAAACUGGCUGAGCACCACGCGUACAUAGCGUUCCGCACAGAUAAAGAAGGUCCGCUGUUGUUGAGAUUAGCACGAGCUGUUGAGACGAGGAAAAUUUGA